AUGGCGGAGGCGCACGUGCUGGUGUUCCCGUGCCCGGCGCAGGGCCACAUCAACAGCAUGCUUCCCUUCGCCGCCGCGCUCCUCGACACCGGCGUCUUCGUGACGUUCCUCCACACGGACCACAACCUCCGCCGCGCCUCCUCCGUGGCCGGCUCGCCGCACCUCCGCUUCCUGUCCGUCCCGGACGGCCUCCCCGACGACCACCCGCGCUCGCUGGGCGACAUGAUGGAGCUCGAAAGGUCCCUGCGGGAGGUGGGCGCCGUAAGGUACCGCGCUCUCCUCGCAUCCUUGUCGUCUGCAGGGCGCCCGAGCCAAGAUGACAGCGACGGCGUCGAUGACGACCAAAGCUUCCCGCCGGUGACCUGCGUCGUCGUCGACGGCCUGCUAACUUGGGCGAUCGAUGCUGCCGAGGAGCUCGGUGUGCCGGCGCUCGCCUUCCGCACGUCCAGCGCGUGCAGCUUCCUGGCCUACCAGACCAUUCCCGAGCUUGUCGAGCUCGGCGAGCUCCCCUUCCCUGCGGGCGGCGACCUCGACGAGCCGGUGCGUGGCGUUCCGGGCAUGGAGAGCUUCCUGCGCCGACGGGAUCUUCCCAGCUUGUGCCGCCGUAGCGGUGGCACCGGCGGCGUCGAUCUCGACCCCAUCCUGCACGUGUUCGCCGAGGCCACCGCGCAUAGUCGCGAGGUACGGGCGCUUGUGUUCAACACGACUGCCUCCCUGGAGGGGCCGGCGCUCGCGCACAUUGCGCCGCGCAUGCGCAACGUGUUCGCCGUCGGCCCUCUCCACGCCAUGUCGUCGUCGGCGCCGGCGCCGGCCUCCAGCCUGUGGAGCGAGGACGACGGGUGCAUCGCGUGGCUCGACGGCCAGCCAGACCGGUCCGUCGUGUACGUGAGCUUGGGGAGCCUCGCCGUCAUCAAGCACGAUCAGUUCGCUGAGUUCCUGUCCGGCCUUGUCGCCGCCGGCUACCCCUUCCUCUGGGUGCUCCGGGCGGACACGGUGGCGGCGAGCAAAGGCCAGCACACCACUCCCCAGGGAUCCAUCGGAGCGGUUGGAGAAGACAAGGCCCGCGUCGUGGCGUGGGCGCCGCAGCGGGACGUGCUGCGGCACCGCGCCGUGGGGUGCUUCCUCACGCACGCCGGGUGGAACUCGACGCUGGAGGCCGCCGUCGAGGGCGUGCCCAUGGUGUGCUGGCCGUUCUUCGGAGACCAGCUGAUCAACAGCCGGAACGUGGGCGCCGUGUGGAGGACGGGGCUGGACAUGAAGGAUGUGUGCGACAGGGCCGUCGUGGAGAGGAUGGUGAGGGAGGCCAUGGAGUCCGACGAGGUCAGGAGCUCGGCGCAGAAGCUGGCGCGUGUGGUGAGGCGGGACGUCAGUGAGGGGGGAUCAUCGGCGAGGGAGUUCCAGCGGCUCGUCAGAUUCAUCAAGGAGCUCAGCAUGGAAGGUGCCAAGUCCGAUCACCAAAAUCAGGGGUGAAGGGAUGUACCUAUGGUACAUACACUUUGUGAUUUUUACGAUCAUUUUUUAUGCUGUGUCUCUCUCAAAGAUGAUAAUAGGGGAAUGUGCGUGUUUGUAUAUUCAUAAGGUUGCAUUCAUAAGGUUGCGUGUGUGUAUAUGACGGCACUGUGUUUAAAAUAGAUAUAUUCGAGUGUUUACGCUUAAAACUUUUAUCAAGUGUGCAACUUCAUCAAGACAUUUUGUUCGGUGAAGCCCA